CGCAGAGGGAGCGGCGGAUGCUUCUCCCGCCGGCUGGGCUGGCGUGCUGAGGACGAGCGCGGCGCCCGGCCCGGACCCUUCUGCAGGAUGCUGUGUUCCUUCCUCCUUUGUCUCUUGCUGGUACCUGGUUAUGCUCAUGAUGAUGAGUGGAUUGACCCUACAGACAUGCUUAACUAUGAUGCAGCUUCAGGAACAAUGAGAAAAUCUCAGAUGCAGUAUGGCAGGUCAGAGAAGAAUGAUGUCAGUCCUAACUUGUCCCAAGCUGAUGAAAUGGCCGAAUGUUAUCGCAAACUUGAUUCCUUAAUUCAUAAGAUUGAUGAGUGUGAAAAGAAGAAGAGAGAAGAAUAUAAAAGUCAAAGCAACCCUGUUUUUAGGAGAUACUUAAAUAAGGUUUUAAUUGAAGCCGGAAAGCUUGGACUUCCUGAUGAGAAUAAAGAAGACAUGCAUUAUGACGCUGAGAUUAUCCUUAAAAGACAAACCCUGCUGGAAAUACAGAAGUUUCUUGGAGGGGAGGAAUGGAAACCAGGAGCCUUGGAUGAUGCCCUCAGUGAUAUUUUAAUUAAAUUCAAGCUUCAUGAUUUUGAAGCCUGGAAGUGGCGAUUUGAAGACUCCUUUGGAGUGGACCCAUACAGUGUGUUGAUGGUGCUUCUGUGUCUGCUCUGCCUCGUGGUGUUAGUAGCUACCGAGCUGUGGACCUACGUCCGCUGGUACACCCAGUUGAAACGUGUUAUUGUCAUCAGUUUUGUCUUCAGUUUGGGAUGGAACUGGAUAUAUUUAUAUAAGCUCGCUUUUGCACAGCAUCAGGCGGAAGUUGCCAAAAUGGCGCCUCUUGACAUCGUGUGUGCUGAGAAGAUGGACUGGGCGGGCAGUCUCUGGGAAUGGUGUAGAGGUAUAUGGACUCUUAAGGAUGACCCCUGCCAAAAAUACUAUGAGCUAUUGUUAGUCAACCCUGUUUGGUUGGUCCCACCCACAAAGGCCCUGGCAGUCACAUUCAGCAAUUUUGUCACAGAGCCGUUAAAGCACGUUGGAAAAGCCACUGGUGAAUUUAUUAAAGCACUUAUGAAAGAGAUUCCAGUGUUACUUCAGAUUCCAGUGCUGAUAAUUAUGGCAUUAGCUGUACUGAGUUUCUGCUAUGGCGCUGGCAGGUCCGUGAAUGUGCUGAGACAUCUGGGUGGUCCUGAGAGAGACCCUCCCCAGGCGCUUCAAGCAGGACAGAGAAGACCGUGGCAGCUCGAUUAUAGACCCCGUGGUGGAGCAGGUGAUGCAGGUUUCUAUGAUUGGGGCCCAACUGGCCGCCUUGAGCAUGACCCGUAUGACAGAACAUAUGAGGGUAGAAGAGAUGUUCUAAGAGAGAGAGAUGCUGCUUUGAGAUUUCAGCCUGGCAACAGGACCCCCGAAGUGCUCCGGGCGUUUGACUUUCCAGAUGCAGAGGCACAAGAGCACCCAAAGGUGGGACCCCGUCCUAACUCAUCUAUUUUGGAUGCAAAGCCUAAAGAGACUGGUGGAAUCCCAGGAGAUGGGACAGCAGCAGAAAGCAGUGUGGAAAGCAGCGAGUCUGCUGGGGCUGCCGCUGGGGCCGCGGACGCUGCACUUGCAGGGGAGAAGGCUCAGCUCAAGCCUGAAGCUGAAGGUGGCCCCGGGGAAGGCAUCGGAGAAGGCGCGGCUGGUCCUGCAGCUCGAACACGUGGCGCAGAGGAUGCCAGCAGCCCAUGUGGCUAGGGGAGCACAGGUGUGGGCAGCAGCUCGGAAGACUUCUCUGGGUUCUGUAUUCUCUCAGCAACUCUACUCUCUGAGUACUGUUAUUUACUGUAAUGGUGUCAGCUACAUACUCUGACAAUCAA